AUGGCUUGCCUGUGCUUGUGCGCCUCCUGCAUGGAGCUGCAUCGUGGCGCGAAGAUCACACAAGUGACCGAGUCUGGGCCCUCUUUGCUCAAUCACGCUGAUGACGGCAUUGCAUACAAAACACCUAUGCCAAUUGUGUCUGCGCCCCUAUCAUCAGACUUUUAUACCUACUGCUAUUGGACGCGGUUCGAUAUUAACCAUCUCCCAUCACGUCAGCGUUUCAGACGCGGGACACUGCGCAUCCCAGCCACUGCCGUCGGUGACGCUGCGAACAGGCGCACCCAGGUACAUGCACCUCAAAAAAUCAAGGUUUCGUACAAGAUCGGCUGA